ACAGCCGAGUGUUUGGUGCUGUGGUGGUGACAGUUACCUGAGUGUUUGGUGCUGUGUUGGUGACCGUUAGCGGAGUGUUUGGUGCUGUGGUGGUGACAGUUACCCGAGUGUUUGGUGCUGUGGUGGUCACUGUUAGCAGAGUGUUUGGUGAUAUGGUGGUGACAACUGAGUGUUUCAUGCUGUGGUAGUGACAGCUGAGUGUUCGCCAAGUAUACUGUGUAGUGACAGUUGAGUGUGGUGCUGUGGUGGUGAAAGCUGAGUGUUUGUGGUGCUAACAGUUAGCUGAGUGUUUGCAGUGGUGGUGACAGCUGAGUAUUUGGUGUUGUGGUGGUAACAGCUGAGUGUGUUGUUGUGGUGGUGACAGCUGUGUUGCUGUGGUGGUGACAGCCGAGUGCUGCUGUGGUGGUGACAGCUGAGUGCUGUGUUGCUGUGAUGGUGACAGCUGAGUGCUGUGUUGCUGUGGUGGUGACAGCUGAGACUGCUGCUGUGUUGUUGUGGUGCAUGGUAACAGCUGAGUGUGUUGCUGUGGUUGUGACAGCUGAUGUGUUGAUGUGGUGGUGACAACUGAGAGUGCUGCUAUGUUGUUGUGGUGGUGACAGCUGAGUGUGUUGCUGUGGUGGUGACAGCUGAGUGUGUUGUUGUGGUGGUGACAGCUGAGAGUGUUUCUGUGGUGGUGACAGCUGAGUGUGUUGCUGUGGUGGUGACAGCUGAGUGUGUUGCUGUGGUGGUGACAGCUGAGUGUGUUGAUGUGGUAGUGAUAGCUGAGCGUGUUGCUGUGGUGGUGACAGCUGAGUGUGUCGCUGUAGUUGUGACAGCCAAAUUGGUAUCAGCAACAAACAAAGAAAAUGGGUAACUCCUCUGUGAAGGAAGCUGCUGAGGAGGCCAAAGGCAACCGCAGCUUGAAUUUGUCCUUCAAGCUGACCCCCAAACAGUAUGUUAAGCACACUUCAGGAGAGUUUAUUGAAGGGUGUCUGUUGGCUCUGCCCUGGGAGAUCUACUACAACACAGUCUCUAUGUAUGAGAGUGUCAAUGCCAGCUUCAACUUUAUCAGUGAAAUUCCUGAGGAGCUGAGUCUUCAUGUCCCACACCUGAAGUUUCUUAACUUGAGCCACAAUCAGAUCACCUCUCUGCCACAUUCCUUCAGCCUCCUGCUUCACCUGCGAGUACUUGACCUCUCCUACAACAGAUUCAGGGUGGUGCCUGAGGCUCUCACAGGCUUAGAAAAGCUGCACACCCUCAACCUUGCCAAUAACAAUAUUACUGAGCUCCCAGUUGCCUUGGCAAAACUCACAAGUCUUGAAAAACUAAACAUAUCGAACAAUUGUUUGAGAGCACUUCCUGGAAGUCUGGUGGAGUGUCCCAAGCUCCAUGUGUUAGUCACUCAAGGAAAUGAGCUCAUCCACCCACCACAAGCAAUCUGUGACACCGGCUCACAAGCUACACUUCACUUCCUCAGAGAGAGACAUUUGCCCACACAGCAAACAAGACCGACAGCCAAGGUGAGCAUCUUCACUCGGGUGAGAGGAGUGCAGGUGAUGGCCAGUGUCAGUAACCCAGAGUCAGCCAGCAUGGAAUACCGUCAGGCUCAGGGAAUGUCACGCACCAACAAACUCAAGUGUCCAUUGAUGCCACCAGCCUGUGCCACAAGUCUCACACCUGACCAGCUGACUGACUCAUUGCUUGGACUGUUGUAUGGUGUGGCCAUCAGUGAUGCAAUGGCCCUCAACACAGAAGGACUCACUGUUGAUGAAUGCAACUUCUUCUAUGACUCACAAAACUUCUCCCUAGAAAACAGAAUUAGUGACUACCUACGGACACAUUUUCCCCCACACGACUGGUCCUCCAACACAGACAUCAUGUUGCUGACUCUGGAGUCCAUGAUGCGGUGGGGAGGAGUGGUGGAUGAGCUGGAGCUGGCAUGUCAGCUGGACCAGUGGAGGAUUCAUGGCUCUUCAGACCUGGACCCCAUGCCAGGAUACUUCCUGUCACCAUUCAUGAAGAGAGUCAUAACAACAGAAGGAUAUUCAGCAAAUCCUCAUGGAGUUGCUCAAACAGUUUAUAAACAAGUCAAGGAUGAAAUGUCAAGAGGAAUUUACCUCACCAAUUCCCAAGACAACUCGUGUCUUCCAUCAUCUCUUGUUUUAGGAAUACCAUGUUUCUAUAAACACCACGAAGUGGAGAUGAAUGCUGAGAGAAUUUGCAAAGCUUCACAUUCUGAUCCAGUUGUGAGGGCCACUUGCAUAUUUUUAUCACUGUUAGUGGCAUCACUCCUGCAGGGACAGAAAACAAAAGGUGCCCCAGUUACUGGUCUUGCCAAGGAGCUAAUGCAGAAGGUGGAGGAAACAUUGACAGACAAAAGUGAAAAGGAGAGGUUCCUGGCAGCUUUCCACAACCAACAUGAAAAGUUUUCUCACAGGUGUGAUGUGUUAACAACCUUACAGAUGUUGAUGUUUGCUCUCAACAGUGAACAGCUUGACUUCAAGGAGCACAUCACUAGGAUUGUGAUGCAGGGAGGGGAUGGGGUGUGUGUUCAUGCCAGUGUGGUGGGAGGGGUUCUGGGCCUCAUUCAUGGCUAUGCAAACCUUCCACAAGACUGGCUGAUCCAGCUUCCCAAAGAAAAUGUAAAGUUUUUGAACUCAAAGUUAAAUUUGUUACUUGAUCUCUUUGGUUUGCCUUAAAUGAAGUGACAUUUUACAUUAUGUAGAUGUAAUGUUAAUUUUUCAGGUAAUAUAUUACAGUUAAUUGUUAAAUUCUUUAUUUCAUGCAUCACUGUACCUGGAUGGAAAGAGAUUGGCAUAACAUGUCUUGUCUGUGCUAUGAUACUCAAAGUGGCAGCCACAACAUAGCAUUCCCACCUGUCUUUCCUCACUUCCCACAGUCCCAUGAUUUCUGUUUGGAGUCCUGUUGUCUUCCCUCAACUGCUUGUGCUUAGAAGGCAUAAUGAUGGUCUUCCUCUACAAUCCACCAGUACUAUCCAAAUGUGAUUAUAAU